AUGUCUCUUGUGCGCUAUAGCAAUGUAAUUCACCCAAUGCAUCGAGCCGGCAUGUCUAUGGCAAGGACCCACAGAGAGCUUCAAUCAAUGGACCCGUCUAUUACCUACUACAAAGUGCGGAAGUUCCUGAAAGAUCAUUACGCUUGCCACUUCCCUAUUAAAAAGGCUCUUGUCCCACGCGAAAAUUGUUACACCGCCGACUCUUCAGUUACAGUUGCUGUCAUAUUGAAGCGCUUGAAGGAAAGGAACAUCGUCAUCAGUGCAUCGCAAGUCCGUCGUUUACGCGAUAAAUUGGGAUAUCAAAGAGCUCCUACUGAGUAUUGUCACAUCAUCCGGGAUGCUAACAAGGAGAAAAGACUGGAGUUCUGUAUUCGGAUGAUCGAAAACCACGAGGAUUUUAGCCAGUGUAUAUUUACAGACGAAAAAACAGUUCAGGUCGGAUGCGCUACGAAGCACUGCUUUGUAAAGAAGAACGAUUAUUUCGCCGAGCUUCGCUCGAGAGCCAAGCACCCUGCUAAGAUUCACCUUUGGGGAGGGAUCUCUAUGAGGGGUCCCACAGAACUCGCAAUGUUUCCUGGUGGAAUUAAGAUGGACAGCCAAAAGUAUUGCGAAACAAUUGAGCGUUGUUAUGUGCCAUUCGUCACGACAAUUUAUCAUGAGUUGACAAUCGUUUCCAGGAAAAAGAAUCCUCGAACCGUGGAGGAUCUGCGUAAAGCAGUGGCGGCUUUCUGGAAAACACUGACUCCUGCUAUCUGCACCAACUACAUCCUAGGGAUGCAAAGGAAACUUCACCGUGUGAUCGAGAACGGAGGGGGCCACAUAUACGAAGGAAGAUGA